CGCUGCCACCUGCUCCUGCGGCCCUCGUCUGACUGCACUUCCUUGCGUCUUGCGUCUCUAGCCUCUCCGCUCCUCCACGCCGGCCGUUCUCCGCUUGCGCGCGCACUCGUCCGUCCGUCUUGCACGUCGCACUCUCAUACCCUUCGUGCACCCAUCCAAGCUCAAGCUCGCCUCGACUUGCUUCUAUCUCCCGACCUCGCUUCUUGGCUAUCUUGCUAGACCGCCUGCCUUGUCCUCUCGAGAGACAGCGCCAGCGCCCGACUUCCGCUCCCUCUUUUCUCGCCGCCUCGCGCCGCGCACCUGACUCAUCAUGGGUCAGACUCUCAGCGAGCCCGUCAUCGACAAGCACACUUCGGCUGGCGAAGAUGACACACUCGUGUACGGUGUCUCGGAGAUGCAGGGAUGGCGCAUCAGCAUGGAGGAUGCGCACGCAACCAUUCUCUCGCUCGACGCAGCCAAGACUGGCGACGAGAAGGCGAGCUUCUUCGCCGUGUACGACGGCCACGGCGGCUCCAACGUGGCCAAGUUCAGCGGCGAGACGGUGCACACGCGCCUCGCGGCCACGGAAGAGUACCGGCGCGGCGAGUACGAGGCGGCGCUGAAGCGUGCCUUCCUCGGCACGGACGAGGACCUGCGCGCGAACGCAGAGUUUGCCAACGACCCCUCGGGCUGCACGGCUGUGGCCGCCCUGCUCGUCGCCGGCCCGCCCGCCGAGGGCGCCGACGGCGCGAAGCAGAAGGUCGCGCGGCGCAUCAUCGUCGCCAACGCCGGCGACUCGCGGAGUGUGCUGAGCGUGCGCGGCGAGGCCAAGCCGAUGAGCUACGACCACAAGCCUGGGAACAAGGGCGAGAACGCGCGCAUCGUCUCCGCCGGCGGCUUCGUCGAGUUUGGCCGUGUCAACGGCAACCUGGCGCUCUCGCGCGCCAUUGGCGACUUUGAGUUCAAGCAGAACUACAGCCUCUCGCCCGAGGCGCAGAUCGUCACGGCCGACCCGGAGAUCAUCUCGCACGACGUCGACGGCGAGGAGGAGUUCCUCGUGCUGGCGUGCGACGGCAUCUGGGACUGCCUGAGCAACCAACAGGUGACGGACUUUGUGCGGCGCCGCGUGGCCAUGGGCAAGGCGAUGCAGGAGAUCUGCGAGGAGCUCAUGGACCGCUGCCUGGCGCCCGACUCGGAGAUUGGUGGCGUGGGCUGCGACAACAUGACCGUGUGCGUGGUGGCGCUGCUGGGCGGGCGCACAAAGGAGGAGUGGUACGCGUGGGUCAAGGAGCGCGUCGACAACAAGGUCGGCUGGGAGACGCCCGAGGACAUUGCGCCCGUGUUCAAGCAGGCGGCGGCCGGCAGCGCUGGUGCCGGUGCUGGUCCCGGCGGCCUGUCGCUCGGCCGUCUCGGUGCCCUCGGCGGCGGCUCGGUGCUAUCUGCCCUCGCCGGCGGCAUGGCACAGGGCGAGGAAGACGACGAGCGCGCCGGUGCACUGAGAUUGCCAGGCGGCCUCGCAGGCGCUCUCGGCGGCGCGGGCAUUGUCUUCCGGCCCGGAUCGCAGACGGACGAGGACGGCGAUGUGAUCUACGAGGCACACGUCGUCGACCAAGACGACGAGUCGGGCGACAGCGAGCCGAGCGCGCGCGUCGAGGAGCUCGAGGCGGCCGGCGCAGCGGAGGGCGAGGCGCGCGCCGAGGCCGGCGAGGCCGAGCGUCCGGCCAUCCAACAUCAGCCGGAGAUCGUCGAGAGCCCGCAGGCGCACGCGACGUCGACGCCGUCGGAGAGCGGCGCCAACGUCGAGGUGCGGGAGAGCAGCGAGGGCAAGUGAUUGUGGCCGAUUCGUCCGCGCACCUGCAUUCUUCUCGUCUUCUGUCCUCCCACACUCUCUGCCUCUGCAUUGCCGCUUUCUCUCUCCUCAAGAUCAUGCGUCACGUCCUGGUCCCUCUCUCUGCGUCUUGCCCUCCAUCAGCAGCUCUCCUUCGUGCGUUGUGUUGCGCUCUGGCUCAAGUGUCCGCACCCUCUCCCCUCCCCAUACACCCUUGAUUCCUCGCGUUCCCGUGUCCGUCUGCUCGCUCGCCCCCUCCCCACCUCCCAUCUCCCACGCACCCUCCAGCACCGCCGCGCGCUCUUCCCGUCGUCCCCAAAAUGAAAGUGUCACUGACUCCCAGC